AUCACGUGACCUCCGCGACGCUUCUCCCUGGACGAAGGCGAUUUCCUGGAUCUGUCUCUCUUUAUCCGAAAAUAUCCGCCUGUCAGAGCACCUCAUCCGGCCGCUGGUGUUGCAAGAGAUAUCCACAAUGCCUCCGAAGUUUGAUCCAGAAGCGACCCACAUCGUGACAGUGCGCUGCAUCGGCCAACGCCCUCCUCCUACGAACAUCUUGGCCAGCAAGAUCGGGCCCUUGCAGCUGAACCCGAAGAAGGUGUGCGCCCAGAUCACCAAGGCCACCCAGGAAUGGCCAGGGCAGAAGAUCACGGUUCGGAUCACGGCGAAGAACCGGCAGUGCGAGACGGAGGUGGUGCCGUCCGCCGCCGCGUACAUCAUCCGGACGCUCAGGCAACCGGACAGAGAGAAGAUCGAGGGUCACCGUGGGAAUUUAGCCUUCCACGAGGUCAUAGAGAUCGGCCGCCAGAUGGCACCCCGCUCGAUGGCAAAGACGUUCGCUGGCACUGUCAAGAUGGUGCUCGGGACGGCACAGAGCGUCGGGUGCCUAGUGAACGGCGAGCCUCCCCACAGCAUCAUCGAGAAAGUGAACGCCGGCAGCAUCUUGGUUCCUCUUGAAUAGAAAACGGGCAUCGGGUCCCUACGCCACGUGAAGCCUUUGGAACGAAGCGGUAACUGAUCAAGAUCUGAAUACGCGUUGGUUUUAAGAUGAAUUUGAUUUUCUGUUCAGUGUGGGGCUGUGUUGAGUCCAACGCUGGCGAGGGGUGUGAUGAUUUUCCCCUUUUUAUAAGCAGGGAUUAAUUAGAUUUAUUUUUUAGGGGGAUUAUCAGUGAUUCAUUUAAGGCAAGAUGAUUUUUUUGUUUUAUGGCCUAGAGGUUAUAAAAGGUGUGGAUUAAUUUUAUAUUUUACAUUUCUUUUUCUUUGUGCAUCAUCAGUGGCUAAAAAAAUGUCACGAUGGCUAAGUAUGCCAUAUCUUUUUUUUAUCAUCCAGGGCUAAUAAAAUUAAACAAUUACG